AUGCCUAUCCAUCCUCACCGUCGUUAUCAGCAAGCUCGAUAUGAGCAACCGAAUAUUUUUUCAUUAAUAUUUAUUAUUGAUAGUUUUAAAAAAUUAUGGUAUGAUCAUGUUACACCUGAAAUAGCUGUAUAUGCUUUUAAAUCUAUACGUGAUCUUGUAUUCAUGGGUAUUGAAUUACUUACUGAAAAUACCAUGAUACAAGUUAUAUCAUUGUUAGAACAUAAUCGUACACCACUUCGUGAUUUAGCUGAAGAAUACUUAAGUAGUGCAAAUCGAACAUUUGUUGAAUUUGCUUAUAUUGGUGAAGAUAUAUAUCAAGUUGAUACAAAUACUGUUUUAUUAUUAUGGGUUUUAUAUUGUUUUUUACAUGGACCAACAGGAUUAAAAGUUUUACAAAAAGGUGUUCGAUGUUUAACUAUAGCACGAGCAAUUCGUGUCAUUACAUUUUCUUUAACUAUUUUACCUAAUCCAAAUCCAAUGUGUAAUUUUACUGGACCGAUUGAUCCAUUAAAUUUAAGUCCAGGUGGUGCAUGUAAUGAUUUAUUAUAUAGUGGUCAUGUUAUUGUUUAUACAAUAUCAGCAUUAGCUGUGACAAUUCUUUGUUCAUUAUAUCCAUUUGGACCAUUCCGUUUAUUAAUACGUUUAUUUAUAUGGAUUCAAGUUUUUCAACGAAUGAUUCGUGCUGUUGUUGAAUUUCAUCAUUAUUCUGUUGAUAUGUUUCUUGGUUUAUGUGUAACAUUACUGAUAUGGCAUGCAGAUAUACUUUAUUAUGAUUUACCACGUUUACCACAACCAUUAUAUCCACAUUUAAAAAGACUUUUAUUUGCAUAUGAUGCUGACGGUUCGAUUGAUCUAUAUGCUAAUGAAUGUAUCCUAAUUUGUAAAAAUGCAUUUCAUUCUGCAAUUUUAAUUAACUUUCAUGUAAUGGCUGGUGCCCGUCGAGCGAAAUUAUAUCAUUCAGAUUCUGAUCGAGAUAGUGAUGAUUGUGAAUAUGAAACAAAUGAACAACGAACUAAUGAACGACGUAUUGAACAUCAAUUAGAUGAAUUUCUUAAUAAAUGGAAAAAAGAAAUUCAACAGCGAACUGUCUAUGGACAUGUUAUUAAUGAUAAACAAAAAGAACAAGAACAAGAAGAAUCUUUUAAUGUUGAAGAACAGGCUAAACAUUUUUUUCUACGAGCAUCUGAUUUAGAACGUGAAGGAAAGUUAUACGAUGCUAUAAAAUAUUAUCGAGCAGCUAUGCAAUUAGUACCAGAUAUUGAAUUUCGUAUGGCUCGAAAAGGACAACAACAACAACAACAAAUGACAACAAUGGAUUUAAAUAAUCGACAAGAAAAUAUCGAUGAAGAUAAUAAUACGAAUGAAGUGUCUGAGCAAGAUGUUGAUCUUAUUGAUUCUUUACAACGUAUGCAUAUAGAUGAUGGUGAACUUUCAACUAUAUGUGCUAAAAAUUUUCCUCAACAAGCCACACAUGUAUCAAGUCUUCCAUCGGAAGUAUUAAUUUAUAUAUUUCGUUGGGUUGUUUCAUCGGAUUUAGAUAUUCGUUCAUUAGAACAAUGUGCACGUGUAUGUCGAGGUUUUUAUAUUUGUGCACGAGAUCCUCAAUUAUGGAAAAUGAUUUGUUUUAAAACAUGGGGUGUUAAUACAGGAAAUUCAUCUACAAAUAUUAAUUGGCGUCAUAUGUUUAUCAAUAGACCACAUGUUGCUUUUAAUGGUGUUUAUAUUAGUCGAGCAACAUAUAUUCGUCAAGGUGAACAAUCUUUAGAUACAUUUUAUUCACCAUGGCAUCUGGUUGAAUACUAUCGAUAUAUACGAUUUUUUCCUGAUGGUAUUGUUUUGGUAUAUACAAGUGCUGAUGAACCUCGUGCAACAGUUGCUCGUUUAAAAAGUCGAUAUUCAAUUCGUGAUCCGGCACUUAUUUAUGGAAAUUAUCGUUUACAAAAUAAUCGAGUAUUAAUUUUAGCAAAACGUACUGCUCAACGAACUUCAACUAUGACUAGUACUCAACGACGUGGUGGUAAAGAUUUACAAACAUCUGAUAUUGAACAAACAAUGAAUAUGGAAUUUGAAAUGUGUGAUGUUGGAAAGAAAAAACAUCAUCAACUUAUAUGGACACAUUAUGAAAUUAAAUUUACUAAUAAACGAACAGGUGAUGAACGUUCGACACUACUUGAUGUCGUCAAUGAACGACAUGCUUAUCCUUCAUUAAUCUUUUCACGGGUAAAAAGUUAUACUGUUGCAGCAGAACAAUUACUCAAAUAA